AUGGCAUCGCAAGCUAUUACGUUGUGGGAAGUCCACAAAUGUGUUUUGAGAGAUAAGCUUAUUCAGCUUGGUUCAUAUAUGAAGAAGCAGAAGGAGGGGCAAAGGUUGAUGUUCUUACCGAAGAUUCAGGUGCUAGAGACAUUCCAUAAGGCUGUGCCUGGGGAUAUCCUUGCAGAGUUUGCUAAGGAUAGACAAUCUGUGAACAAACUUAUGUUGGAUAAAGUUAAAUUAGAUUUUCGGAGGGGCGAAAAAUCAACUCCGGGCUGCUUCGGCUAUCCUCUGAGCAUCUUCUUCAUCGUCAUCAAUGAGUUCUGUGAAAGGUUUUCUUACUAUGGAAUGCGAGCGGUGUUGGUUUUGUACUUUAAAUACUUUCUACAAUGGGAUGACAACCUUGCCACGGUGGUUUAUCACACUUUUGUUGCUGUGUGUUACCUGACUCCAAUCCUAGGAGCGAUCAUUGCUGACUCCUGGCUGGGGAAAUUCAAGACCAUUGUCUAUCUGUCUAUUGUUUAUGCAGUUGGUCAGGUCAUUAUGUCUGUAAGUUCCAUUCAUGAUCUUACUGAUGCAGACAGGAAUGGAACCCCGGAUACUCUUGGUCUCCACAUUGGGCUAUCAAUGCUUGGCCUGAUCCUGAUUGCUUUUGGAACGGGAGGAAUUAAACCCUGUGUAGCAGCCUUUGGUGGAGAUCAGUUUGAUGAAAGCCAGGAUAAACAGAGGAGUACGUUCUUCUCCAUAUUCUAUCUUUCAAUCAACGCUGGAAGCCUUCUGUCCACUAUUAUAACUCCUAUUCUCAGAGGAAUAGAAUGUGGCAUCUACAAACAACAGAAGUGCUAUCCCCUGGCGUUUGGUGUGCCUGCUGCGCUGAUGGUAGUUGCUCUAGUUAUAUUUAUCAUUGGAAGUGGAAUGUACAAAAAAGUGUCUCCGCAGGGUAACAUAAUAGUUAAAGUUUGCAGAUGCAUUGGGAGUGCCAUCAGAAAUAGAUAUAGAAAUCGCAGCAAAUCCAUCCCCAAGAAAGAGCACUGGAUGGACUGGGCACAAGACAAUUAUGAUGAACUUCUUGUCGAGCAAAUAAAGAUGGUCCUUAAGGUCCUAUUUCUUUAUAUUCCACUGCCAAUGUUCUGGGCACUUUUUGAUCAGCAGGGCUCAAGAUGGACUCUUCAAGCCACCACUAUGGAUGGGAACUUUGGAGCUAUCCAAAUUCAGCCGGAUCAGAUGCAGACUGUGAAUCCAAUAUUGAUUAUUGUCCUUGUGCCAUUUGUUGAUAUUGUACUAUAUCCUCUUAUUUCAAAAUGCAAUUUGAGUUUCACACCCCUGAAGAAGAUGACAGUUGGAAUGUUUCUUGCUGCUAUGGCAUUUGUGGUUGCUGCCAUUAUACAGCUACAGAUUGAUAAAACUCUGCCAAAAUUUCCAUCCAGUAGUGAAAUAGACAUCAAAGUCAUAAAUAUAGGAACUGAAAAUGUUAGUAUUUCUUAUGGAGAAUAUAUGCAACCUCCUGCCAAUGUUUCCCUAUCAUUGGAACAUUUACAGGCAAGUGACUAUGAGAAGCUUCCGACUAACAGUUCCAUCCAUUUUACCUAUGGAAAUGUGACAAAAGAACUUCUUAAUGAUUUUCCUGGCAAGACUCGAUACACAUAUAUUGUAACAAAUCAAGACAACUUGAGGACAGAAUGGGCUACAGAUAUUACCAAGAAACCAGAGCAAGGAAACAAUGCGAUCAGGUUUGUUAAUAAUCUCCAAGAAAUGUUAAACGUGACGGUGGCUGGUCAAAAUAUUGGAGAAGUUCUACCAUUCAGCAUUUCCAAUUAUACUAUGUUAACUUUAGGAAUAAAAGAAAUAAAAGGUGUUACUGAAAGUGGGAAUAACUGUUCUGUGCAGUCAUUAAAAUUUGGUUUUGGAAGCUCUUACACGAUAAUCAUUAACGAGUGCGCAACUAACAUGUCUAUUGAAUAUGUUGAGGAUAUUAAAGCCAACACCGUUCAUAUGGCUCUUCAGAUUCCUCAGUAUUUCCUUAUGACUGCCGGGGAAGUUGUCUUCUCAGUUACAGGGCUGGAAUUCUCAUACUCUCAGGCACCAUCCAACAUGAAAUCCGUACUUCAGGCCGGAUGGCUGCUAACAGUGGCUGUAGGUAAUAUCAUUGUCCUUAUUGUGGCUGGAGCUGCUGGUCUUAGUGAACAGUGGGCGGAGUACGUACUCUUUGCUGCUCUCCUAGUGGCUGUAUGCAUUAUCUUUGCAAUCAUGGCCUAUUUUUACACCUACAACGAUCCUGCCGUUAUUGAGGCCCAGUUUGAUUCUGACGGAAAGAAAAAGAAAGAGAAAGAGAAGGAAAUAGAGGCUAUGGGCGUUGAACUUGAAAUUAAUGAUGGAUCUUACUCACAAACCAAAAUGUAACAUGACUGCCCUUGUCAGACUAUGUAAAUAUUGCAACAAGUCCUUCAGGAGAGAACCACACCAGCUGCAGCACAAGCUUUGUUUACAGAACAGAUGACUAGAAGUCGGUUGACUUAUCAAACAAGUAAAGGAAAACAAUCCAUCUUUGGAGAUUUCAAAUUGUUUUCAUUAACUGCAUAAAAUAACAUUAUGUUGAUCGUUUUAGAUUACUAUGUGCA